AUGGUACCCCAGCCACCGUAUCUUGGGCAGAGAUUUGAUUCGUUUGAAGAUGCAAAGGAAUUCUACCAGACAUAUGCAAAGUUCCAUGGGUUUGCGGUCAACACCGAAUACCAUAGGAAAAUUAAAAAAACUAGCGAGUACAGCAGAGGUGAGAUGAGGUGCUACAAGGCACGAAUAAACAAGAAGGGCAAAGGUGAUGCGCAUGUCAUUCCGGAACGAAAGAGAGGUAUCAUUGUCAAGACGGAAUGCCCUGUCCGGUGUAAGCUGAACGUAGAUGGAGCACAGUGGGUGGUCACUGAAUAUUUUGACGAGCACAACCACGAGCUAACAAAGAAGUUUGACCUGGUAAAAUUUCUGACCGCCCACAGAGGAUUCACCCCCCUCGAGAAGAAAUUCAUAAAGCUGCUACAUGAUUGUAACGUCGGUCCAUCAAGAAUGGUGCAGAUACUCUCCCUCAUCCACAGCAAAAAGGGGUCUCUAAGUAGCAUGCCCUACCUACCAGCAGACGUCACAAACCUAAAGGCAAAGUACCGUAGAGAAAGCAAGUUGGCUAACAUAGAAGCCACGAUAGCCUACUUCGAUGAGAAAGCGAAAGAAGAUCAAGAUUUCUUCUACAGGAUAAGAUUGGACGAUGAGGACCGUGUCAGGAACAUGUAUUGGGUGGAUGGUGCUGCAAGAAGAGCCUACAAACAUUUCUGA